AACCAACCCCCCGCGAAAUCUUCAAACCCCACCGCGACCGCCAUGCCAAUUUCGCUGCUCCUCUCCGCCCCCCUCCCCUGCCCGCCGCCGCCUCUCCUCCGCCACGGCUGCCGGCGGGUCCCGGCCCCCCUCCGCGCCGCCCACCUGCCUCCGCCGCUCCGCGUGGCCCUCGGCACCGCCCGUGGCGGCGGUGGCGGGCGGCUGCCCGUCGAGACGCGGUGCGCGCGGGCGGCCGCGGCGGUUGGGGUUUCAGGGGGAGGAAGCGAUGCUGAGAGUGGCGCUGGCACGGGGAUCACCGCGGCGGCGGCGGCCACCGUGGCGCUCGCGGUGAUGAACCGGGUGCUGUACAAGCUUGCGCUCGUGCCCAUGAAGAAUUACCCCUUCUUCCUCGCGCAAGUUCUCACGUUUGGGUAUGUUGUAGUCUACUUCUCAAUUCUCUUUGUAAGAUAUCAGGCUGGUAUUGUCACUAAAGAAAUGCUAGCGCUUCCAAAAUCACGCUUCAUGUUAAUUGGACUGCUAGAAGCGAUGGGUGUUGCUUCAGGCAUGGCUGCUGCAGCUAUGUUGCCUGGGCCAUCUAUUCCAGUGCUGUCUCAGUCUUUUCUGGUAUGGCAGCUUAUUUUAUCAGUCAUCGUUUUGGGAAGGAAAUAUAGGGCAAACCAAAUUCUUGGAUGCUUGCUUGUUACAACUGGAGUAAUUCUAUCAGUAGUAAGUGGAGCAAACGGUGGUUCAUCUCUGUCUGAUGUCAAGUUUUUUUGGCCAGCAGUUUUGAUGGCUUCAUCUGCAUGUCAGGCUGGUGCAUCUAUAAUCAAGGAAUUUGUUUUCAUUGAUGGUGCAAAACGCCUUGAGGGAAAGCGGCCUGACAUAUUUGUGGUCAACUCUUUUGGGUCAGGAUUCCAGGCUCUUUUUGUUUUGCUACUCCUGCCGUUUCUCUCUAAUUUGAAAGGCAUUCCAUUGACUGAGCUCCCUGCAUAUGUAAACCGUGGUGCUGCAUGCUUUCUGAAUGUUGGUGGUGGUAAUCUGAACGAUUGUCCUGGAGCCCCUUUGCUACCACUGCUCUUCAUAACUAUGAACAUGGCCUUCAACAUUUCUGUGCUAAAUCUGGUGAAGAUGUCUACAGCACUGGUUGCUUCGCUAACAGCAACACUAGCAGUACCUCUUUCGAUAUACGUUCUGUCACUUCCUCUUCCAUACAUGCCUGGAGGAACAAGUUUAAGCACAUCCUUUUUGGUCGGCGCUGCUGUCUUGGUGCUUGGGUUGCUCCUAUACAACCUUCCUCAGAACUCAGCUGAUCAAGUGAAGACAGAGUGAUCAAAUCCAAAAUCACUCACAAGGAUGGCAGCCAGCUUUUGAUGCACCUUGAUACUCCCUCCGUAAACUAAUAUAAGAGUGUUUAGAUCACUAUUUUAGUGAUCUAAAUGCUCUUAUAUUAGUUUACAGAAGGGGUACAAUACAAGACCGUGCAUUUUCAACUGCGGUCUGCAGCACAUGUUUGUACAGAACUUCUGAAGGGUGUGAGCUCCGCAACCUGAGAGAAAUCUUUUCGCACAGGCAGGGUCUAAUAAAUUCUAACCUAUAAUGAACUCCCGGUGCCACCCACUCCACUUUAGCGACUCCAGCAACUAGCUUCAGUCUUUCUGUCAAAGAGAGCGCUUGGAAAUAUCAGAAGUUCGGUGUUCGUGUGGUUGCAAAUCAUCUACAGUUUUUAUUUUUUUGAUUCAUAAGCCAUAUUUCAAUGUAAAGGUUGUUUCUACUUGUGCGUCGAUGUAUUACCAAACGAAAUUGCUUAGUAUACCAUGCACAUCGCCAUCAAGCGCAAAACACAUGGGGUUGUCUA